UUUGUGGUGGUCGAUGCGCGGCGCGCAGAUUGCGAGAGCAUGAUUCCGGGAGCGAUCAACCUUCCUGCCCACUCAUUCGCGCUCUCCAGCUGCACGCUCGUGCGCCUGCUGCACCAGGUACCGCUCAUGAGCUUCCACUGCAACAGCUGCGCAUCGCCCACGUCUCGCGGCCCGCUCGUCGCCAGCUGGUACGCGGACAUGCUGGCCAAAGCGGUCCUACAGGGCGCCGAAAAGGCGACGGUGUACGAAUGUCUGGCCGUGCUCGUCGGAGGCAUGAAGGGCUGGGAGGAGCUCCACAGGAAAAGAGACGCCUCUGAGAGAGGAAAA